ACGAUCCUGCAAGCUGGACGUUAAUUAAUCAUCCAAAAGCCCAGUUGAUCUUUGGCUGCCAGGGAGGCUCUGAAGCUCGAUCAGUAUAUUUGUAACCACACAGGAGUGAGCUGCUAGCUAGGCAUUUCCACGAUGAGUCAUGGAAACGGUAUGAAUCAACAACGACUCUCUUCUGUUCCAUCAUCAAUUCAAACUGAAGAUUUCUGGGACGCAACUACAUCACUGGAGGGGUUGAGCUCAAGCGAGAAUGCUGGAAAUGAGGCUAAUGAGAGGACGAGCAGAUUUCAUUUCCUUGACACUUGUGUUCGUCUCUAUCAAGCCGCCCUAAAAGAUGAUUGGCUAGCUGCUAAGGCUGUAAUUGAUAUGUAUCCAGAUGCUGUUAGUUAUCCCAUAACAAGAAAGAAGGAUACGGUUCUUCACAUCGCAGUUGCAGCAGAGCGCACAGCUUUUGUAAAAGAGCUGAUAAAACGGAUGAAUUCGGACGACUUAGCACUGAAAAAUUCACAUGGAAAUACGGCAAUUUGCUUCUCUGCUGCAUCAGGAAUCGUCUCAAUUGCUGAGGAGAUGGUGAAUAAGAAUACAGAACUGCCACUGAUCCGUGGAAGUAGAGGAAGGACACCGCUUUAUAUGGCAGCUUUGCAAGGACAUAGAAACAUGGCUUCUUAUCUAUACUCUGUCACUACUUUUGAACGUUUGACUGCCCCUGAACGCAUUGAUAUCCUUGUUGCUUUUAUUUCCAGUGAUCUGUACGAUGUAGCAUUGGAUAUUCUGAAAAAGGAUCCAGAAUUAUCGACUAUGAAGAAUACAUAUGGGAAGAUAGCAUUGCAAGAGUUAGCCAAAAAGCCUUCUGCAAUCGGCAGCAAAAGUCAACUAUCCAUCUGGGAAACAUGCUUAAACUCCUGGUUCCGAGGGCUGAUCUAUAACAAAGCUCUGAUGGGUACAAUAGCCUAUCAAUUGGUUGAUCUCCUCUGGAAAAACGUUCUAUUAUUGCCAGAGAGAGACUUCAUGGAGCUGGUUCAAGACCAUUCCUCUUUCCUUUUUGAUGCUGCAAGAUCAGGGAAUGCUGAAUUUCUAAUUAUACUUAUACGCUCCUAUCCUGAUCUCAUAUGGAGUGUAGAUCAGAAUAAACGAAGUAUAUUUCACCUUGCUCUUAAAUAUCGGCAAGAGAGUGUAUUCAGUCUGAUAUAUGAGCUAGGUGCUAUCAAGGGUAUCAUAGCACUCUAUACUGACCAUUACAAUAACAAUAUGCUGCACUUAGCUGGACAAAUAGCUCCUCCAGACCGGCUAAAUAUCAUAUCAGGAGCAGCACUUCAAUUGCAGCGAGAGCUAUUGUGGUUUAAGGAGAUAGAAACCAUUGUGCAACCUUCAUACACGAAGAUGGUGAAUUUAGAUCAAAACAAGAAUCCUGCAAAUACUCCUUGGGAGUUAUUUACAGAGACACAUGAACAUUUGCAGAAAGAAGGUGAAAAGUGGAUGAAGGACACGGCAAACUAUAGCAUGCUUGUGGCGACACUGAUUGCCACCGUAGUUUUCACUGCGGCCUUCACUAUACCGGGUGGCAACAAUCAAGAUUUAGGCACUCCUAUUUUCUUGAGAAACAAAUGGUUUAUGGCGUUCUUCAUAUCAGAUGCAGUUACAUUCCUGUUCUCCUCGACUGCGAUAUUGAUAUUCCUGUCAAUUCUCACGUCACGUUAUGCAGAAGAGGAUUUCCUUCAGUCAUUACCUGCGAGGUUGUUGCUUGGACUCAUAGCACUCUUCAUCUCUAUAGCAGGCAUGGUGGUAGCUUUCAGCGUAACAUGCUUUUUAGUCUAUCACAAUGAAACCCCUAGUGUUCCACUUGCUAUAAUCGGCUCGGCUGGUAUACCAGUUACUUUAUUUUUGGUUUUACAUUAUAGACUUUGGGCUGAUAUAUUCCACUCAACGUAUAGGUCUAGGUUUCUUUUUCGUCCCCGUGAGGCUCGACUUUUCUAGGAAGAAUUGGACUGGG